AUGGCUGCUAGACCUGACUCGGAGGACAUCGCCAUGGACGAUGCGCCCACUUCUCACCAGCCUGAGGUUAAGGAUGAUACUAUGGUCGAUGAUGCGGGCGAGGACGUAGAGGAGGAGGAGGAUUAUGAGGAGGAGGAGGAGGAGGAGGAGGAGGAGGAGGUUCAGAGGGUGAAACUGCUUCCUGGGUCAACGGAAACUGCUGCCUCGUUCGAGUUUUCCAAUGAGGGUCACACACUCGGCAAUGCUCUCAGAUAUGUCAUCAUGAGAAAAAUUAGGAUGCUGAUACCACCAUCAGAAGGAACGACCGCAAUCGAAGCUCUUGAGAAGGGCCUCCGGGACAUUCAGGAGCUCUGCGACGUCGUCACUGACAAGUUUGUGGCGGCGGCAGACGACUUUGAGAAGAAGAAGGCCGCUACUGCAUAG